GCUGGCUGCCUGAAUUCCCCUCUUUGUGUUUACACAUCCGGGUUUCCCUGUUUGCAGCCCAUUCCCCAUUUAGAAGCCAUUUUGGACACAGAUCAGUAACAUGCAUGUAAACCCCGACCGACCUCCCGACGCAGCGGUGCUACUAUUCAAGUGAAUAACCUUAAAAAGAGCGCUGGGUUUUCGUCUCGGGUGGUUCAGCGGCUUCUCAUUCGGUGUUUGGAUCCUCUUUCCGAUGCGAAACGCUGCACUAGUAUUGGACUAAAGAGCCCGACAGUCAAUUAUUCGCUCCUAUUUUUUCUCGCAACAUUGUUGCACCGUCGCGGCUAUUGACACGCGUUGUGGUGGUGGUGGUUAGACUGCUGGAGGGACCGAAGGCCUGUGGUCGUUUUGAUCCUGGACUGAUGUUUUGAACAACCUGAGUUUUAAUGUUCGCGACGGAAAGCGGCGGAAAUCUCUGUCCUCUAUUUAAAACGGAACAUGUCUUUUUCAUGGCUGACUUGUUCACUUCUUCUGGGAACUUUAUGCGCAGGGUACAGUCUGGGCGAAGCAGAGACCCGGGAGUGUGUGUACUACAAUGAUAACUGGCGUACGGAGAGGACCAACCAGAGCGGCUUCGAGCGCUGCGAGGGGGAGAAAGACAAGCGACUGCACUGUUAUGCCUCCUGGCUCAACUCCUCAGGGACCAUCAAGCUGGUGAAGAAAGGCUGCUGGCUGGACGACUUCAACUGCUACGACAGGCAAGAGUGUGUCUCCAUGGAGGAAAACCCUCAGGUCUUCUUCUGCUGCUGCGAGGGCAACUACUGCAAUGAACGAUUCACCCACCUUCCUGACAUGAUUGGCAGUGGCAACCGAGUGAAAAUUCGGCCUCCACCCCGAGUGCCGUCUCUGCUCAACGUGCUGGUGUACUCGCUGCUGCCUCUCUGUGUGCUGUCCCUGGCCCUUGUCCUGGCCUUGUGGAUGUACCGUCACCGCAAGCCUCCCUAUGGCCAUGUAGACCUUAGCGAGGAUCCAGGACCUACUCCUCCAUCCCCCUUGGUGGGUCUGAAACCUCUGCAGCUGCUGGAAAUCAAAGCUAGGGGGCGCUUUGGUUGUGUUUGGAAGGCCCAACUGAUGAGCGAGUAUGUUGCUGUAAAGAUCUUCCCUGUUCAGGAUAAGCAGUCAUGGCAAAAUGAGCGGGACAUUUUCAUAACUCCGGGGAUGCGGCACGAGAACAUCUUGCGUUACAUCGCUGCAGAAAAGCACGGAAGCAACCUGGAGACGGAGCUGUGGCUCAUCACAGAGUUUCAUGAGAGGGGUUCACUGACAGACCACCUGAAGGGUAACACUGUGACCUGGAGUGAGCUGUGUCACAUAGCAGAGACCAUGUCCCGCGGCUUGGCCUACCUCCAUGAGGACAUUCCCAGCUACAAGGGAGAGGGGCCAAAACCCACUAUUGCACACAGGGACUUCAAGAGUAAGAAUGUGAUGCUUCGAGAUGAUUUAACUGCAGUUAUUGGAGACUUUGGGCUCGCUGUACGAUUUGAACCAGGAAAACCUCCCGGAGACACUCAUGGCCAGGUGGGUACGAGGCGUUACAUGGCUCCAGAGGUGCUGGAGGGAGCCAUCAACUUCCAGCGAGACUCCUUCUUGAGGAUAGACAUGUAUGCCAUGGGCUUGGUGCUGUGGGAGCUGGUGUCCCGCUGCUCAGAGACCGACGGUACAGUUGGCGAGUACAUGCUGCCGUUCGAGGAUGAAAUAGGCCAGCAUCCCUCCCUGGAGGAUCUGCAGGAUGUGGUCGUGCACAAGAAGAUGCGUCCAGCCAUCAAAGAGUGCUGGCUCAAACAUCCUGGUUUGAGCCAGAUGAGCGAGACCAUCGAGGAAUGCUGGGACCACGACGCCGAGGCACGAUUGUCGGCCGGCUGCGUGGAGGAGCGCAUCGGCCAAAUCGCCAGGUUGAUCAGCAGCACUACCUCAGACAGCCCCGUCUCCAUUGUGACGUCUCUCACCAACGAGGACCUACCUCCCAAAGACUCCAGCACCUGAACGGGUGACACCAUCCUCUCGCCUGAGCUCCUGACUUUUUAUUUUUCAAACCCAAACUCAGCGGAUCUCCGUGAAUAUUUAAAAACAUAAAAAAACAACUAGCAACUUGAAUGCAGCUGCUAUUUUAUCCCAAUACUGGUAUUUUUUUUUUUUUUUUUUUUCCCUCUUUUAAUGUUUUCAGUGUUUAAAAUCAGAUCUUACUAACACAUCCAUCUGCUGUAGUUUUGAAGUAGUAAUAAGCUAUGCGAUGGGCACAUCUGAUAACACCCAUGUGUCAAAUCUUAAAUGUUGUCAUUACCUCAUGUAUUUCGUUUGCAUUAGUCUGAUUUUUUUAUUACCUCAUGAGUUUUCGUUUUCCUGUCUUGGUCAUGAUCGUCUGCGGCCAAAUGAAAUGAAUCUUUGCUCCAAACCUCGGACGACGUGCUGCACACCUCGGAAGAACCGUUUUGAGACUGUUAGAAAAAUAUAUUCAUCUUCCUCAGGGGUCGAAGCUUCUCAAUUGUUUUUCUUUUUUUCUCGAGUGUCCUUCCUUAUUUUAAACUCAUGAAUGCCUCAGAAUGGGGGAAAAAAAAGAAAGAUCAAAAACAUUGGAGCACAGCUGUUUUAUCGUAAGGGAGGGAGCGAAAACGGAAGCUGAACAGUUGUAUUGGACAUGUUGAACUUUUUGAAGAUUUGGGACAAGCGUCUUGUCCCCCGGGGAACUACCUCUCAGGUAUCCAGUAGGCUUCUUUGAAAUAUUUUCUCUAAUUUGAGAGCCACGCUAUCCAGCUAGCUAUCAUGGACAUAUUCCUGGAUUCUUUUUGUUUUGUUUUUUUAAUUGUAAAAAUUCAGAGUUACUCCUUUGCCAGUGCCAGUGGCAUUGACGGAUGCUGUCUGGAGUUGCAAUGUUACACAUUCUUGAUUUUAACUGUCUGUGUGUGUGUGUGUGUGUGUGUGUCUGUGUGUAUAUGUGGGUGUGUGUGUGUGUGUGCAAGAAUUGAAGAUAAAAUGAUAUGAGAUGGCUAGAGAGUGUUUUUAAAGUAAGAAUCAUGGACAGGUAUUUGGGCUUUAUCCUUGCGAGGGCCAUACUUGAGUAAGCAACAUGUCUGUUUUUAAUUUUCAUGGGUGUUUGUUCAGUUGACUCAGCCGGACACCAGUCCCCCAGAUACCUCAGUCACUGUACGUCAUGCAAGGAGAGCUCAAAUGGUUGCCUUUGUCUCAAAUGCAAUGCCAUAGUUGUACCAUAACAUGAAUACCAUACAUUGAAUGUCCGUUAUGCUGCUGUGACUAUUCCAGGAUACUCAAGGAUUUGUAGAUGUACAUGUAUUCUUUGUUAAUAUAACGCUAACAUGUGAUAACUAUCCAUGAUAUUAUGUGAGGCUAAUAAUCUGUUUUUGUGUUUUUUGACCGGGUAAGCCCUCAGCUGCUUACUCCUCCAGACUGACCUCAGAUAUUCUGACAAGUACCUCAGGCUUUUUCUACAUGUAUAUCAAGUUGUGUUAUGUAUUUUAUUGUGUUUUAGUAGUUGAGAUAUUUUAUUGCCGGUUGGGCCUCUUCGUCUGUGGAGAUUUUUCUUUUUUCUUUUUUUUUCUUUUUUUAAAUAGAGCCUGACCAGUUGUCCUGGUGUUAAUGCUGUACAAACCUAAAAGAAGAGAGGCAGAUUCUUGUAAAUAGACGUGCACACACAGUUGCAGAACACUGAUCUGUUUUAUUAAAAAAAAAAAAAAAAAAAAAAAAAAAAAAAUCAGGGCAUUAUAGUUCUCAUUUCACAGAAACAGAAAGGGAUUUCUUGGUUCCACCUCUACAUAUUUGAAACUAGCCCUGUGAUAUAUAUAUAUAUAUAUAGAUAUAUAUAAUAAAAUGGUGGUUCUGUUACUGAUUUCUAUGAAUAAUGGUAUCAGUUCUCUGGAUCAGAAGCUGUGUAGGAAGCACUUGCAUUAGAAAUCUUAGUAUCAUCCCAAAAAAAAAAAAAAAUGGAAAAAAGAAAAAAGAGAGAGAAAAAAUCCUAAUGGUUUGGGGCAGGUGGCUUCUGUGAUUGUCCACUUGUUUGUAAUGCCAGUUUGAACAGUAUUACCUCAAUAUUAACCCGCUGAUGUGAUGUUCAGACCUGUUCAGUGAUAGUUUAGCCACGUUGGACAACACACAGGCUCGUCUGUUGUGCUUUGAUUAGUGCUGUGGAAAGAUGGUGAUUUUUUUUGACCGUGGUCUGUAACGCUUGCUCCUGUGCAGUUUUGGUAAAGAACAUGUGGAACAAAAAACAUCAAUCAAUACAGAACAAUGUUUUUAGUGUUUGGAAAUCAUUGACGUGUCUAUAACCACAUGGUUGAUUGACUUUGAUAAUGCAGCCCCACUAGGACUGAUGUAAACAGUGGCAUGCGUGUGGUCCAAGGGUCCAGCAAUAUUUAUUAUACAGCAAUAUUUGAAUCUCAUAGUUCAAGUCAUUAAACUUUAAACUCAGCUGUGACUUAGCAGUUUUCUUCUGCGGAUCAAUUACGUUCAUCUCACCACAUCUGGAUUAUGUUUUAAUGAGGACACGUGUCAAAGUGUCCUGAUAGGGGGGAAAAAAAAUGCUGCGGGUCUAAUUUUUUUUUGUGUGUGAGCUGAACGUGAGCCAGGUGCUUUCACGUAUUGUGCCAGAAAAACAACGAUCGUGUAGGAAAAUGCUGCUGUGAUCAGUGGUAAUCUCCAAAUGCUGUCUUACACCCAGCUCUUCUGAACAGAAAAACCAGUUACCUCAUGCAGUACUUCGUUAGUAACACUAACAUGGAGUCAGUCUCAUCUUCAAAAAAAAAAAAAAAAAACAUAAAAGAAAAAAAAGAGCAAAGUAUCAAUUAUCGUGUAUAUAUUUACUUGACAAAUGUAAAGGGUUUCUUCCUUUUCAUGUGUGAAUCCUGUGAAAGCAAAGCCUUUUUUUGAUUUACAGUCAACAUAUUGUUCAUUUCUUGUGUGAAUGGAUGUUGGACUGAACUGUGUGACCUUCCCUGUUUAUGUGAACUGUGUGUGUGUGUGUGUGUGUGUGUGUGUGUGUGUGUGUGUGUGUGUGUGUGGGGGGGGGGGGGGUAUAUGUUGGUUGGUUUCACUAAAACAGUACGAAUGGUAACUUUAUCUGUGAGUUGAAAUGCUUAGAAUUAUAAACUAGAUGAGAAUACAUCCAUCUUUUUGUAUAUUAAAAUAAAGACAAACACUGAUUAACCA